CCUCGGGCAAGAUGGCUGCGAGGAGUUUUUCGUUCGGCAUGAAAGGUUCCAGGCGCUUUUUAAGUGGUUUCGUGGCCGGAGCUGUAGUGGGCGCCGCGGGGGCCGGGCUCACGGCCUUGCAGUUCCUCCGGAGUCAGAGCGCUGAGGCCGCGUUGGCGGUGAGGGAGCCGGAAGGUUCUGCAGAAAAGGCUCUCUUGGGACGAUUUGGAUUUCCUCUAAGUGGAACAGAGACUCGGUUUUACACUAAUCAUGCCUUGUCUUAUGACCAGGCAAAGCGGGAGCCCAGAUGGGUUCUUGAACACAUAUCCAAAAGCAAGAUAAUGGGUGAUGCAGACAGAAAAGAUUGUAAAUUCAAGCCUGAUCCCAGCAUCCCUUCAGCCUUCAGCGCCUUCAACAAGGACUACAUUGGAAGCGGGUGGUCACGAGGACACAUGGCCCCGGCAGGAAACAACAAGUUCUCAGCCAAGGCAAUGGCUGAAACCUUUUACCUUUCUAACAUUGUGCCUCAGAAUUUUGAUAAUAAUGCUGGAUAUUGGAACAGAAUUGAAAUGUACUGUCGAGAACUGACGGAGAGGUUUGAAGAUGUUUGGGUGGUGUCCGGGCCGUUGACCCUACCCCAGACCGGAAGCGAUGGAAAGAAAAUAGUUAGUUACCAGGUGAUCGGUGAGGACAACGUGGCCGUCCCUUCACACCUUUAUAAGGUGAUCCUGGCGCGCAGAAGCCCCGCCUCUACCGAGCCGCUGGCUUUGGGGGCCUUCGUGGUGCCCAAUGAAGCCAUUGGCUUCCAGCCUCAGUUAAGUGACUUCCAAGUGAGCCUUCAGGACCUGGAGAGGCUGUCGGGACUGGUGUUUUUCCCUCACCUGGACAGAACUGGGGAUAUCAGGAACAUCUGUUCUGUGGACACCUGCAAGCUCCUGGACUUCCAGGAGUUCACCCUGUACCUGAGCACCAGAAAGAUUGCGGGAGCCCGGUCUGUACACAGACUGGAAAAGGUGAUGGAAAGCCUGAGGAACGCGGGGAUCGAACCCGAUGAGCACUUCAUGGGCUGCUAUGAGAAGAAGCUGGAGGAACUCAAAGCUAAGGAGGAGGCAGGACUCCCGGGGAGAAAGCCAUCCUAGUCUUUGCCUCAGAAGUGUGGUGUCGUCUGUCCUGAAGCAGGCUGCCCUCUCAGGGUCACGUACUGUGGCAGCUUGGCUUAUUCAAAAAAAGAUGGGAUCCUACAUUUAAGACUCGGUGUCUCCCCAAAAGAUGAAAGAUCUAAAAGUGUUUUGGGUAGUAGCUUAUUUGCCGUGGGAGCUAAUUAUUAAGGAGACUGCAGCACCUGCAGAUGAAGGGCUGCUCUUGGGUCAGGUUAGUGGGACUGUGUCCACAAGACGUCACUGCGUCUGUGUCCCUUGGAAUGCAUCGUGCGUGAGGCGUUUUAUGGCCACGUCUCCAAGCCGAGCAGCAUCUCCUGUGUCAGCUCAGCGUGUUUUUGGGACCCGGUAUUUCCUUUUCCUUUGCCGAGGACCUCCGUCGAUCUUAGAGAUGGCUUUUAGACGGCCUCUGGGUAUUACCCUGUGCACGGGUACUACACAGUGCUGGGCGAGCGUGGGUUCACGGUGUGUUCAACAGUAAGUAACGAGGCCAGAAGAAACUCUUCUGUGCGUUCGCCUGUGUGCACCUGCAGUCACCCCCCGCCCCCCGUGUGUCUGUUUCUGACCCUCCUGUCGUGGAACCUGCCGUUUGUGUGACAGAGAAGCACUCAGCAGUGGCACUUGCUGCCCACGUGCUGUGUCCUAUAUAGUGAGUGGACUACUUCACAUGUAUUAGCUUACAGUGGUCCUUCCAGGUAAAUACCACCAUCCUCAUUGUCCUCCUGAGGCAAUAAGUGAGGAAAUCCAAGGCUUACCCUUCUGAAGGGUAACUCCCCCCCACCCCCGCGGGAUGAGGCGCACAGGACCAAGAGGAAGUCACAAGGUGCGUUCCGAUGCCCAUACACAGGUUUUUGACUCAGACACACACCUGCAUGGCCAUCCGCAAUCCUGGGGCCUGUUUGGCAGGUGCAGCCUACUUGUCGGUCCUCAAGCCGAAGGGGCUUGCAUGGCCUCUGACUUCAUUCAGCCCUUAAGGGAGGAACAAUCACAGGUGCUUGGAAGUUGGAGGAUGUCGCUUUGUGGGGUUUAUUGGAAGCCCUACUUGCCUCCAGAAAUGCAGUUUUCAGGUGACCCCAUGCUGCCGAGUUGAUGUUGCAGAGAUGAAGGAACCCAAGGAGGGUCUGUGCCCACUGACCCACCUCCGUGAUUUGCUCACUUGUGUGCCUGCUCGUGCGCUGGGUCGCACAGGCGGGCGCCGCCACCCUGGGCGGAACAGGGGUCUCCUCCGUGUAGGCAGGGAAGUGUCUUAGGAGACUCUUCUCUCCUCAGAGGAGCCUGUCUGAGAGCUUCCCAUCAGUGCUGUUCUCCAAGUGUGUCACCGGGACGACCUGUGGCACUUAGUCUCUAACAGAAAUGCCAGGGCUUUCAGAUGAAGGUAAGGUGAUCAUGAUGAAGCUUGUUCUGAUUCUGGGGGGUAAGGAAACAAAGAACUUGGGGGUCAGAACGUGGCAGCCUGAUCGCACCGUCCUCUCUUAUCAUGCUGUUUCCCAUUAGCUUGUGCCAGCCUCUCUGCUCGGAGAAAGAGCCAGCGUGUAUGUCACUGUGACCAAGAAAUCUGUCUCUCUCUCCUUGUCGGCGAGGUGGUGGUAGGCUCUGGGUGUCCUCGGAGCCGCCUUGCGCUCCGGCCGCCCCGGCAUCUCUGGAGGCGACCCGUGCCCUCUGUGCCCCGGCCUGUCCCGUGCUGUUCUGACCUGAGCUCCCAGAGUGUGGAGUUUCUCUCCACGCUGCUCCUCCUGUCUCACCCCCAGAUACUAGAGAAUCUUGAUUUUUAAAUCAGAAAAUUAUAGUAUCUUAAGUUUUUGGUUACUUUGAAAAAUGCCGCCUCAUCCUUGUGAAAAACAGAGAUAGCUUAUUUAAAAAACGCAGUCACCCUAUCAUUUUUCUACGUAGAAGUUUUUAUUUUUCAUUUUAUUAAAUCAUUUUUAAUUGUUAUUCUGUUACAGUUGUCCCAGUUUUUCCCCCUUUGCCCUCCGCCGCCCUCCCAGCCCCACUCCCACGGUCAGUCCCCACACUGUUGUCCGUGUCCGCGGGUCAUCCGUACAGGUUCCUCGUCUAGUCCCUCCUCCUUCUUUCCACCUUUAUCCCCCUCCCCACGCCCCUCUGGUCACUGUCAGUCUGUUUCGUGUUUCCAGCCUGUGGGAGACUGUUACGCCGAGUGAAGUAAGCCAGUCAGUGAAAGACAAAUACCAUGUGGUCUCACUUACAGAAGGAAUCUGAUAAACAAAAUAAACUAACGACAAAAUACGUGUAGAAGUUUCGCUGGUGCACAACAGUGAUGUUUGAAGUGUCUCACCGUCUCAGUGAAGAGUCCCACAGAACAAACUUGGCAGUGUGAAUAUCGGGCGGAGCGCGGAAGUUUUCUCUGGACCAGGUCACUUCAGCCUUGGGCUGGGAGACAGUGACUCCUGAGGCCUCUUCCCAGCGUCGUGGGUGUGUCCCCCUGAUCAAAGGAGCACCUCAUCAUGGGAUCCAAGCAAAUCGCCACCCACUCGUCCUGUUUGGGGUCCUGCCACAUUCUCCCGCUGGGACCCUGCCUUCUGCCCCAUUAAGCUCCAGGGUCUGUGGGUCAGCAGGAAGGCUGCUGGGGACCUAGGGCCGGUCUUGGUGGGCUCUGCGGCCUGAAGCCCCCUCUGAGCGGAAGGGUUCACUCCCUAAUUCCUCUCUACCCCCAGUGAUGUGGUAUCUGGAUCGAUACUGUGACAUCAAUAUAUAUAUUUUUCCCAGAAAACUAGAAGUUCUUAAUACAAGUAACGUGAUUACAGGGAUAUGAGGACAAUGAGCUACUCCUAUGUAACCAUCGAUACAAGUUUUAUCUUUUCCUAAUAGUGGUUUGACACAAGGUAAAUAACGAUCAAUAGCUAUUAUACAAAGGAGGUGGGUAAUAGAAGAGGAAUGACCUCUACUUUCCAGCGGAAAUAUUUGUUUAACAUUUGUUUACAUGUGUAUCUUUCCAUCAGUUAGCACCGUUCUCUUUUCUGUGACAACCUAGAGCAAGACAAUUUUCUUGUCAACUUUUCUAGCCUUCAGAUAUUUGCAUCUAAUUGUUUUCUUCCCCCACAGACCUUUCCUUUUAAAUUUUUUAUUUAUUUUUACAUGUUGGUUUUGGGUAUAGUCUAGUGGUUAGAUAAUUGUGAACUUUGCAGUGUCCCCCUCAGUGUUUCAGAACCUCCGCUGGCACCACGCACAGUUCUCUCAGUAUCUCCCACCGAUUUCCUGUGCCUCCCGACUUCUCGUGACUCUCGGAUGUCCCAUUUGUACUCCUUGGUCCCUUCACCUGUCUGCCCUGCGCCCCAGUGCUCCCCGCCCCCAGCAGCCUCCCGUUCUCUGUGUAUCCGCAAGCCUGUUCCCGUUUUAUUUGUUCCCUUGUUCUUUCAGUCCCCAUGUCAGUGAAACUGUCUUUCUCUGACUGACAUGCCACUGAGCAUACUACCCCUAGGUCCACCAUGUUGUCACGAGUGGUAAGGUUUCCUUCUGUUUGUGGCUGAGAAAUAUUUCAUGGUAUGUAAGUAUCACCACUUCUUCAUCCGUUUACCUUCUGACGGGCACUUGGGCUGCCCCCACAGCUUGGCGAUUGUCAGUGAUGCUGCAGUGAACACAAGGGUGUGUGUGUUCUUUCAGGUUAGUGUUUUGGGUUUCUUUGGAUAAAUUCCCAAAAGAGGAAUCACUGGGUCAUAACACAGUUCCACUUUUAAUCUUUUGGGGAAAUACAUACUCUUUUCCUUGGCGGCCGCACCAGUCCACAUUCCCACUGACAGCGCACGAGGGCUCCCUUUUCUACACGUCCUCCCUGACACUUUGUCUUUCCGGCAGGUGUGAGGUGGUACCUCCCUGUGGUUGUAAUUUGCAUUUUUCUGACAGUUGGUGUUGAGCAUCUUUUCACGUGUCUGUGGGCCAUCUGUGCGUCCUCUUUGGAGAAGUGUCCUUUCAGGUCCUCCUCCCAUUUUGUCAUCUGGGGUUUUCGUGAUGAGUGGUAUGUGUUCUUGUUUAGUUUUGGACAUUGACACCUUAGUAGAUGUAUCACUGGUGAAUACAUUGUCCCAUAUAGUAGGUGUCUUGUUUUCCUGUUCUGAUGGUGUCCUUUGCCAUUGUGACACCAGUACUGUAUGCAGCAAAGGCAGGACUCACACAAGUGGCGAAGGCAGAGUGGGCGAGCCAGUCCCCUGAAUACCCGCUAGGGGAUCCGACCUUGGACCUCAACCUCCAGGACUUGAAGUGGAGCCCAGCAGGACAGACUUUCAGCAAUGGCUUCCUGCAGGGUUGGGCCCAGCUGCAGCCCUACUCCUGGAGUCACCCGAGGGCCACCCUGUCACCAGUGUUCCCUGGUCUCACCCUUGUACAUAAUGUCAUUGACCUCGACAUCAUGGACCUUAAACUUCCCAUCCGCAGCCCGCCCCUGACCCGUUCCUGCUGCAGGCUCUGCUGCCCUGUGUCCUGCUCAGGCCCUCACCUCCACGUGCAUGCCCUUCCCACUCUGGGCCCUUCUGCACCCUCCCUCUCCUCCUCGGUGGUCAGUCUGAGUCGUCCCUCCAGCCUCCGUGCCCAGCCCUGGUCAGCCGGCUUUUCUGGGUGUCCGCAUGGAGGUUAUCAUGGGGCCCAGUGCUGUUUUAUCAAGCCCAGCCCCACCUCCAGGGACGCACGCUGAGGCCAUCAGUGCCACGUGGGACGAACCACACUUUGACACGGGCCCUGUGUAACUUGGGCCGGGGAGAUGGGGUGUGUGCGCUUCUGAGUUCCUGAGCGUGCUGAUGCGGCCUAGGGGUGGCUGGCCCCGAGUACACAGGACCUCUGGGGGUCGUGGUGGCCUCGUGCCGCAUCGAAGGACACCAGGCCCGAGUCUCCACUGCACACCCACCCCGAUAGCCUCCCGCUCUGCUCAGUAAGCUGCAAAGCCAGCCCCAGACAUUGGGGCUCUCGGGCUCCAUGGGACUUAUCUUGUCCAGUGGGCCUGACAUUUAUUUCCCCCAAUUUUAUUUUGAAAACUUUUAAGCCUACAAAAAGUUGAAAGAAGGCCUGGCUGGUGUAGCUCAGUGGAUUGAGCACAGGCCUGCAAACCAAACAACUGCGGUUCAAUUCCCACUCAGGGCACAUGCCUGGGUUGCAGGUCAGUUCCCAGCGGGGCCCACGUAAGAGGCAACCACACAUUGAUGUUUCUCUCCCGCUUUUUCUCCUUACCUUACCC